AUGUUUUUCCUCAAAAACCUCACACACAAGACCGAGCUGCAUCCGUCCUACUUUGGACCGUCCAUGGUCGAGUUUCUCAACCAAAAGCUCCGCGAUGAUGUCGAAGGGACGUGCACCGGCAAGCACGGCUACAUCAUCAAAGUCAUCGGCAUGGUUGAUGUGGGUCAAGGCCGCGUGAUCCCCGGUUCCGGGUUGGCCGAGUUCAACAGCACCUACCAAGCAGUUGUGCUCAAACCGUUCAAGGGCGAAGUGAUGGACGCCAAGAUCACGAAUGUCAACAAAAUGGGCUUCUUCGCCGAGGUUGGUCCGCUCAACAUCUUCGUCUCGUCGCACUUGAUACCGAUCGAGUACAAGUUCCAACCGGAAAGCAACCCGCCAGAGUUCGUCAGCGCCUCGGAUCGCUUGGUCAAGGGCAGGAAGGUCAGGAUCAAGAUUGUGGGUACCAGAGUGGACGCAAACGAGAUCUUCGCUAUUGGCACUAUGAAGGAGGACUAUCUCGGUCCUUUCGACUGA